AUGGCAGAGAUCCACGACCAGUUUGACACCAUCCUCAUCCUUGACUUUGGCUCUCAGUACAGCCAUCUCAUCACCAGAAGAUGUCGUGAACUGAACGUCUACGCGGAGCUCAUGCCCUGCACACAAAAUAUCAAAGAUCUCCACUUCAAGCCGAAGGGCAUCAUACUCUCUGGUUCCCCUUACUCCGUCUACGACAAGGAUGCCCCUCACGUCGAUACUGCCGUAUUCGAACUCGGAGUCCCGGUCAUGGGCAUCUGCUACGGUCUCCAGGAGAUGGCGUGGAAUAUGGGUGGCAAAGUGGCGAAGUGCGAUCACCGUGAAUACGGGUUCGCGCAGGUCCAGAUAACGAAGAUUGGAGGAGAGAACGCGCGCCCUGACGCGCUGUUCGAUGGUCUGGGAGAAGAGCUUCAGGUCUGGAUGUCGCACGGAGACCAACUCUCCGUCAUUCCUCCCGAGUUCCAUGUCAUUGGUCACACAAAGACCGCUCCCUUCGCUGCGAUCGCACACAAUAGCAAGCCGUUCUACGGCAUCCAGUUCCACCCCGAGGUCACCCACUCCAAACGCGGUCGGGAGGUCAUCAGCAAGUUCGUGGUGGACAUCUGUGGUAGCGAACAACACUGGACGAUGGAAGAGUUCAUUGGCAAGGAGAUUGCGCGUAUCCGGGAGAUUUGCGGUCCGAAGGGUCGUGUGAUCGGCGCUGUCAGUGGUGGUGUGGACAGCUCUGUCGCAGCAAAGCUCAUGCAUGAGGCCAUUGGUGAUCGCUUCCACGCCAUCAUGGUCGAUAACGGUGUGCUUCGCAUGGAUGAAGCGAAGCAAGUACACGAGAUGCUUAACAAGGACCUUGGCGUGAACCUGACUGUCGUCGACGCGUCGGACCUCUUUCUCUCUCGUCUGGAGGGUGUCGAAGACCCUGAGAAGAAGCGGAAGAUCAUUGGCAACACUUUCAUCAACGUGUUCGAGGAGGAGGCCGCUAAGCUGGAGGCUGCUGCAGAGAAGGAAGCCGAGUCCAAGGGCAAGAUCGAGUGGCUACUACAAGGCACGCUAUACCCCGACGUUAUUGAGAGCAUCAGCUUCAAGGGCCCGAGCGCAACGAUCAAGACUCACCAUAACGUCGGCGGUCUGCUCAAGGACAUGAAGCUCAAGCUCAUCGAGCCUCUGCGCGAGCUGUUCAAGGAUGAGGUUCGGGCUCUCGGUCGUCUCCUCUCUAUCCCCAACCACCUUGUCCAGCGCCAUCCUUUCCCUGGUCCUGGUCUUGCCAUUCGCAUCCUUGGUCCGGUGAACCGCGAUCAGGUCAAGAUCCUUCAGCAGGCCGACAAGAUCUACAUCGACGAAAUACGCAAAGCGAAUCUCUACGACCAGAUCAGCCAGGCCUUUGCUGUAUUGCUACCCGUGAAGGCUGUGGGUGUCAUGGGCGAUGCGCGGACGUACGAACAGGUCAUCGCCCUUCGCGCUGUUCAGUCGGAAGACUUCAUGACUGCUGAUUGGUUCGUCUUCCCCGCCGAAGUACUUCGUCAGAUCUCCUCGAGGAUCACCAACGAGGUCGCUGGUAUCAACCGUGUUACAUACGACAUUUCUUCGAAGCCCCCGGCUACUGUUGAAUGGCUUUGA